AUGCCCGACAUUAUCGAAGAGAACGAAGGAGAAGGGAGGAGUGCCAUUGAGUUGCGAGCCAUAAGAGCUCAGGCUCUGGCUCAAGCAGCACGAGCUCGUCGUUCCGCGGCGGCAGCAGCUCGUGAUCUCGUGGCAGUUGCCGCAGGGGCCGCCAUUGUCAAUAACGGGGAUAACAACAACAACAACAAUAACAACAACAAUGCCGUACCAGUGGCGGUAGCAGAGAAUGAAGCGGCUGCAGCGCCGAAUGCUAAUGAGAAUCCACCUCCCGCCGUGGCUGCGGAAUUGGCAGAAGUCGGUCAAAUUGCCGGCCACAUGGCCCGCUUGACCAACGUGGAUGUGCGGCCAAUGUUUCGACGGUUGGGUGUUCGACGCGCCUUGGAUAUUCGGUAUAUUCGGGAGCGAGAUUUGGAUGGUAUACCCCGCAUCACUCAGAUUCAAAAACGCAAGCUGUGGGCCAUUAUGAAGUUCUGUGCUACCAUCGAUCAACCAUUCACGGGACGAACCACACUGGCGGAUAUUGCCAAGGCAUUGAAUUUGAACAAAAAGAAGGAAAAGGAAGGCAAUAAUUCGUCUAAUUCCUCCUCGACAACGAGUGCUGCAUUGGUGCCUACGACCGCCUCCGGGGUGGUUCCUAUUGUUCACGUGUCGAAACUCGACUCGUUUGACGGAAAUCAUUUCAAUUGGGUUCUUUGGAAGAACAAGGCACGCUACUCGUUGGCACAAACAGCCAUUGCCCCGCUUCUCAACGACAAUGCCGAAGAAGCUCAAAAACACGCCAAAAAGAAUACAGGGAUUGACCAUUUAUUCUUCAACAUGUUGGCUGAAGCCAUUGUGGGAGGAAAUGCGAAACAUUUGAUUCGAAAAGCCGUACAGGAAUCACAAGCUCCACCGGUAGCAGCAGCAGCCGACAAUAAUAGCAACAACAAAUCAGACACGAUUCCUGCUAGUGGGCGAGCGCUAUGGAUGUUGCUGCACGAAGAAUAUUCGCAGGGACCGCGAGCAUUUUGGAUUCUUUCGGAUGCCCGUCAAGUCCUGCAGAAACUUCGUCUUGUGGGGCCCGACAACAACAAUAAUCACACAGCUGCUGUAGCGAAUGGCAAUGAUAAGGAGACUGCCCUGAUGCUGCACGAGAAUACGGACACAACCGAAAACAACGAGAACCGUGUGUUUAUGACAUGCUCUGCCAACAGUUAUGCUCAACGCUUUCGAUCGGCCAAAGAAACAUUGGAAGAAUUCAACCAGGCUUUACCAGAUCAAUUCUUGGCAUCCACAUUUAUUGAACAUAUUGAAGACGAUCGUUUAGAAACAAUCAAAAAACAACUCCUCCAGGACAUUACCACCAAGAAUCUCUCGCUGGAUGCCUGCAUCACCGAAUUGCUUAUGUCCGAUCACAUGCUUCGAGCACGACAAAUCAACAAUCGUCGCAAACGACAGCAGAAUGGGCGGCGAAAGCGAACCAUGGAGGAGAUGGAGGAUGGCGGUGAAUCUGCGGACAACGCCAAACGUCCCAAAUUGGGUGACGACGAAAAGAAAUUGCAGGACGAUGUUAUGUUUGAAGAAGAGCCAGAUGAGGCCACUUCCUAA